AUGACAUUUACUGAUAUUAUUACAUCUUCAUCGAAAUGUUUAUCUGUUGAUGCUGAUUUGAAUAAACAUGAUCAACAUCGAACACUUAAACGAUUGAAUACAUCAAUAUUAAAUUUAUUUUCAAAAUAUCGACAAACGGAUAGUUUUAAAAAACAGGAUACAAAUGAAGAAUUACAAAAACAAAAUUCAUUCUUACAACCUCCAUCUGCAUUAUCAAGAUCAAUAUCGAAUAAAUCAAUGACAUUUGCAUUAGUUUUUGAUGAAAUAGAAAUUCAAAAUAAACCGAAAUCUUUCGAUCAAGAUAAAUCACAAGAAAAUGAAGAUCUUGUUAUUGUAGUUCCAAAUAAAUAUGUUAAUAAUGAACCAAAUAUAAUCAAUUCAAAUAGAAAUAUAGAACCAUAUCCAUUUCGAUCGGAAUUACCAACAUAUUCAUUACCUAAAUCUCAUUCCAAAAAGAAUUUACUUCAUCAUUUAAUUCAUUUUCAUCGACCAAAAAAACUUCGUCAUCCUAUUAAAUCCAAUCAAUCGAUUAAUACAAUAAAUCGAUCAAGAUCAGCACCGACUAUGUUAUAUUCAUUAUCUUCAUCAACAAAUGAUUCUCAAUCGAAUCAACCAUUGAAAAAAUGUCAUCGAUGGUUUAAAUUACCACCAUUAACUCGUUUUUUUCAAUUAUUUGUUAAAAAUAAUCCGAAACAAAAAUCUCAUCGUCGGAAACCAACUACAUUACGAAGAUAUUCCGAAAUGAUUUAUUAA